AUGGAUUCACUGCAGAAUACUGGUGAGGCUAACGAUGACCCAUUUUUUGAAGGGCGUCUGCAAGAGCUAGGCAAGCAGCAGAAUCGGAAAUGGAUUCAGCAACGGAACAAACAGUGGAUUCAGCAACAGAUUCAACAGAAUCAGCAGCAGAACCAACAGCAAUAUCAUCAACAAAAUCAACAGAAUCAACAACAAUAUCAUCAGCAGAAUGUACAGUAUCGCCAACAAGAUCAAAAUCAAUAUCGGCAGAUGGAUCAACAAUUUCGGCAGCAGUUUCGGCAACAGAAAAGACUCAAUCAUCAACAAAGUCAACAGCAGAAUCAACAGCAAAAUCAGCAUGUUCUUCAGCAUGUUCUUCAGCAGCAGUCAUCAGACCAGUCUCACGAUCAACAAGAUUCAAGGCAGUACUCACAGAUGUUUCCGGAUAAUGUUAUUCAAGAGAAGUAUCAGCUAGAUCCAUCUUUACAGUUCGAUCUUAUCCCGUACAACAAGCAGGACGAACUGUUUUCGAACCUACCGAUGAAGUAUCAGCUUGAUCUAGCCCAGCCACAGUAUAGUGCUGAUGCGCCACUCUACUUCCCUCAGACAUCAACUGACGAACUCACACGUAGAAACGAAAAUGCAAACAGUCCCAGCAGUUUCAGUUUGCCGGACACCUUUGAAUCCGAAGAUGCUGAUUUGAGCAUUAACGAUAGCAUCAACAACAUACGAAAUGCGUUUUCUAGUUCCUACACAAACUUGAAUAGUAUGGAUUCGAUGGCCAUCGGCCGGAACUUCUCUGUUCCUGAAUCAUCGUCUUUGGAAUUAGGAGGUGAGAUAAAGGCGGCAACAGGGCCAAGGGCAGAUCUCAAAGAGUCGUUGUUGGUGGAAGGAUGUGCUGAUGAGGCCAGUCUGGUGAAGAAAUUGAAGCCAGACGGUAAGAAGUUGCACAGAAAAAGAAAGUCGGUGAAGGAACGUGUGAAGGAAGAGGAGGCAGAUAUGUUUUCGGAGAACCUGUCAAAGUAUCCAACCGGUGUAUGUAACCGGUGUAAGAAGACAUUUGCACAGAUGGGCACCAGAAGUUAUCGAAACUGCAUGCACUGCCGGAAACUUCAAAGAGGAAGAUCUAAAAGGUGGCAGUUGAAAAUUCGAAACAAAGUGGGGUUGUGUCGGAGAUGUGGAGCUCAACUAGGUUUAGAAGAAACCAAUUAUGUCCAAUGCCGACAAUGCCGCAGUGCCCUUCGACUAAGAAAGCACAGAAGGGCGACUGAGGGCAAGUGUGUUCAUUGUUCUGGUCCUAAUGAUGAUUUAUCGGGCAAGUACAAAGUUUGUAGUAAGUGCCGGAAGAGGGAGAAGUUAAUCAGGGAGAUCAGGAGACAAACGGGCAUGUGCAAUAAGUGUGGAAGGCUUUUAAGCGGUGCAGAUCAAGGUUUCAAGUCAUGCAAAAGAUGUCGGGCUACCAGACACGGAAGGAAGAUUGUAAGAAGUAUGAGUAUGAAUCUCACCACACGCAUGGAAGGUGUUGAUAUACAUUUGGAUUCUCUUGAGUAUCCGAACGAGACUGCUGGUGGUAAUGAAUCCAAUAAUAAUCAACAGGGAUCAUCUCGCUCAAGGCGUUUUUACAGCGAGCCUCCUUCAGAAUGCAUUCCUGAUUUUGAACCUACGAUAGCUUCGCCAUCAUCACAGAUGAGGAGGAGAGAAAGUGUAUCCACAGUCCACCAGAAUGCCGAAAUGAGCCCUAUAUUUGUUGAUGACUUGAUUAUGCCUCAUCUACCUCAGGAUACGCACCCUGACACUGCCUCCAGGUAA